UCAUCCAAACAUAUCAAAUGAUAAUGAAUUAAUGAUGAGCAAUACUAUAAUGAAAAAUUUUUAUAUUGCAACCUCAACCGAUAUUCAACGUUCAACAACAUUUGGACCAUAUGCAGCUAAAAUUGGAAAAAGUCGUCAACAUCUAAUGAAUGCUGAUCAAUGUUUUAAGGUAACAGAUCGUUCUGGAACAUUUUCUGCAUGGGUAGAAUUACAAGAUCCACAAGUUUACAAUUGGAUUGCUGCAAUUCGACAUUUGAAUCAAAAUCUAACAGAAGCUGAACAAAAACUUAUUAAUAAUGGCACUAAUAAUGGCAAUAUUCAAUCAAAUCAAAAACGAUCAACCGUUUUUGUCAAUACAUCAGGCAGCAACGAUAAUAGUGAUUCUUAUCAUCAACAAGAUUCUGAUGAACAAAAAAAUAAAUGCCGAGAUGCUAACGCCAUCUUGUUGCUGUUUUGUGGCCAAAUCUAUUUGGAAAUUACACGCGAUCUGACACGUGGCCAAGAGUUGAUAUUAUAUUCAAAUCAAGUUCUUCUCAUACAUGAACAUGAUGUAUGCUAUCAGGAUGGUCAUCGACAAACCGGAUAUCGUUAUGGUAACGGUCUCAUCAUUGGCCAAACGACCACCAACAAAUCAUCAUCAUCAUCAUCGACAAUAUCAUCGGUGGUGGCAAAUUUGAAUUCAAAUUCCAAA